AAAAGAUUUCCUCGACACCACACCUUUCCUCCUGCCCAAUCGAGGCUACUAAAUAUGGCGAGACAUGGCGAAUGUUUCCUCGUGAAGCUAUUUGCCUGCUGGGCAUCAUACGUGGCCUGCGCAACAUCUUCUGGUUUGGCUUGUGACAGACACCUGCCCGUGAUGCACAUGACGAGUGUGACCACCAUGGCCAUCCAAAUUCCGAUGUGUUUCCUCGUCCGCCGGUGCUGCUGUUCGCGUUUGAACCGACCCAACCUUUGCUAGUUCGGAAUCAGCCCGGCUGUCGGGAUGGGGUUCGCGCUUCGGACGGAGUCGCUAGCGCCCGGUCGAAGGUGUGUAGCUGGUGAUUAGAUUACCCCUGUACCUGACGAAGAAGGGCCGAUCAUGUGGGCUCCCUCCGGUGGGAUUUCGGAUCACUAAAAUGGUCCUUCGCUCCUCCGAAGAGAUCCAGGCACGCAGCACAAGCAGCUAGGUCCUAGAUUUUAUUGUAAUGC